UUUAAAUUUUGACGUUCUUUUUCCCUCCAAUUUUCACAAUUAUAUCGGGUUUUUUGAUUGCCUUAUUGCAGAAUGUGCCUAUCAUAUGGGUGCUGAAUUUGAAAAGCUUUUAGAAGAUUUUUCUUUUGGAAACGAAUUUAUUUGUUCCUCAGAUAAUAUUAAAUGUCUUUCACGUUUUUUACCUCGUCCGCCAAUAUUUUCUAUUCCUUUAGAAGAGGAUAAUUUAAAUUUAUAUGGUAAAAAUAAUCAAGAAUCUUUAAGUUGGUUAAGGAUACAUAGGUGUUAUUUAAUUAUAAGUAUGGCUUUUGGCAUUUCAAAUCGAUUGGAGAAUUUAAUUGGAUUUUUUGCACUUUGGAUGGCAAAAAGUCAAGAAGAUAUUAGUUACAAUAAUAGUAAAACAAAUCAAUUUACCAAUAACUCAUCAAAUGAUCUCUCAAUUAUUCUUGAAAAACAAUUAUUUAUUGGCCAUUCAGAAAACGAAAUUUAUACAGAUUUAAAUAUUUUUCAAACUUUAUUUUCUGUGGUCAUUGGAAUGCAAAUACGAGAAUUACUUAUUAAAUCAAUUAAAAAUAAUGAUUUUGAAUUAAUAAAUAAAUAUAAAAUAAAAUUCGAGGUUUUGAGUUUUCCUUUCAGAAAUUUCAGUCAAAAACCUAAAGAAAAUGAAUUAAUUUGGAAAAGUAUUAAAAGGAAUUUUCCUCCAUUAAAUGAAUUAAACAGGCCAAAUUGGUACUCAUUUAUUUUGAGUGGGGCUGAAGAAAAGUUUAAUUUAAAUGAAUUAACAGAAUUAAAUAAAAAUAAUUUACAAGUAUUUCCUUCAGAAAAUUACAAAUUUCGAUUAAAUAAUUUUGAGGAUAUUUUGAUUAUGCAGUAUUUAUCUACUGAAUUCCCGAUAGUUAAUUUGCCUCCUCCAAUAAUUCAAAUGCGUUUAGAACUUGUUCCUGAAGAAUUUUGUUGUUGUAAUCGACAAACUUUUACCUCAAAAAAUUUAAACAAAAAUACUAAAAAUAAUAUACUAAUUGAACAUUUUGAUGAAAUUGGAAAAUUUUCUUUGAAAAUAAAUGAAAAUAAUUUAAUUAAAGAAAAAGAAGAAAAAAAUAUUUGUAAAAUAAAAGAAAUUGAUGAAUUAGAAAUAUUAGCUGAGGAAAUUCGUUCAGGGAUUAAACGGUUAGAAUUACUUGAAGAAGAAACAAAUUUAAUAAAUGGAAAGGAAAUGGGAAAUUUACCCGCAACUGGGGGUAUCAACGAAAUAAAUAAAUCAGUAAAACAACAAAAGAAUAUUCGCCCGAAACAUCAAUUAAAACCAAAUAAAAAAUUAUCAAAAAUAAAUAAAAAUAAAAGACAGUCAAUAACUCAAAGUGAUUUAGAAAAGAAACAAAAAACAUAUUCAGCUUUUCUUUCAUUUUUACUUAAACAAAAAGGUAUUGAAGGAAGUGAAGAAUUAACAACAACAACAACAGAACCACUAAAAAGUAGUAGUGAAAUAAAUAAUAAUUAUUAUUCUACAAAUAAUUCUGUUUAUUCUUCUGAAAGUAGAAGUUCUUUAAAUUCUAAUAAAGAAAGAAGAAAAAAUAAAAAAUUAAAUUAUUCGGCAAAAUUAAAUGAAGAAGAAGAAAGUUCAACAAGUAAUUGGGCUUCUGAAGAGGAAGAAGAAGAAAAAAAUAUUUUUGAAAAGGAAUUAACAAAGGAACAACUUUUACAGGAAAUGAAUAAAGUUGGAAAACAUUUGGAAUGGAUAUGGGCACAGAUUGGAGGAAGAAUAAAUGAAGAAAAUGUUAAUGGGGAAGAUUAUGAUAAUGAAGAAGUUGAUGAAGGGGAGGAUAAGGAAGAGGGAAUUUUAGAAAGAAAAGAUAAUAGUUAUGAUCAAGAAUUGUUGGAAAAUGAAGAACAUUUUAUUGAAAAUAAAAAAGAUAAAGAAGAAAUACUACAAGAACCAAAUGAACAAAAAUUCUCAUCUGAAGAAGAAUUUUCAGAUAAAAAUUUACAAAUAAAACAAUUUAAAAUGCCCGAAAUAAGAAUAAAAAGUAAUGUAGACUUUUCAAUUCCUUCGUUAAUUGAAGAAGAAAAAAGUUAUGAAUUGAGAGAAUUGGAAGAAAUUGAGGACAUUGGAUUAAAUUCAAAUAAUAUUUCCUUGAAAGCCGAAGAAAUUAAACAAGCAUCAGGUCAAUUAUCAAGUUCUUCAGGCUAUCAUCAUCAUCACUCCUCUUGUUCUUCUUCAGAAAAUUUGGCAAGGAAAAAUGAUAGUUUAAUUAAUAAAUCUUUUCAAAAUUGGUCGAUACCUCCAAAUAUUCAACCUAUGGAUUUUAGUAGAUUAGAUAUUGAUAGUGACGAGGAAAGAAAUUCUGGUGGGAAAACAAUAAAUAAAUGGACGGAUAUUGAGGUUUAUCCAAGAGAGAUUUUAAAAGAAAAAACACCCCUUAUUAUUAACGAAAAAAUGCAGACUAAACAAAAAACAACUUUAAAGAAUAAAUGGAGACCACCAAGUUGGCUUAGAUUAUUACCCCCUUUUGAUGGAACAAUUAGAACAGAAAGGAUUUCUUGUGGUAAAAUAACUGCAGAAAGGCAACUUCUUCAAUUGAAUUUGGAUAGAGGCCAUCAACGAACAUUUUUGGAUAUUGCUGCUAAAAAUAGAGAAUCUUUAAAAAGGCUAAAAAAGAAGGAAAAAGGAGAAGAAAUAAUUAAAGUUUCAACAAAUAAAGAAAUAAAAGAAGAACAAUCUAAACAAAAUUUUCCAGAACAAUCCUCAAUUUAUGAUAGUGGUAUUGCUUUAGAUCAAACAGCAAAUACAUCAAGAUACCAACAAGAGUUUUUGUUAUAUUCCGUUGAAUUGUGUGAAGAAGAAAUUGAAAUAAUGAGACAAAUGGCUAAACAGACAUAAAUAAAUAUAAAAUAAUUUUUUAAACUAAAAUGUUUGACUAAAAAUAAUUUUAUUACAAAAUAUAA